GCCCUUUCAUAGGUACUUCAAGAAAUAAUAGACCUGGUUUCUUAAAGAUAAGCUUUUUGUAAGAUAACCUGCAUUCUUACAUCUCAAGUACUUCAGUCAAUAAGCGCCAGUAGCACUUCUUGACAUUCUUUCAACUUGUACACUUACCUUUCAUUCUUCUUGCUCAUAUGUGGUGACAUAUCUAAAUAGGCUUUUGAGAAACACAGAUUGUUUCUUCUAUUUUGUGAAAGUUUUCUUCAGAUAUAGGCAGCAAACUUUUAACUACCAGAAAGCAAAGAGAGAAAACGAAUUCCUUUUUUUAAAAAAAUGGCGGAAGAUAAUGAGGACACCAGAAAUGGUUUCACCUUCAUCUGGACAGCUCUGAAACUCUCUCGAGGCUCUGAGCAAAAUGGGCUUUUACAAACAGCACCUGAAAUCCUCUCUUCUCCACCCUUCUUCGUAGAUUCACUGGAGAAAACAGGUUGGUGUCUGAUGAUGCUGAUUUCUAAGAAAGGCGACCACAUCACCUGCAGUCUUUCCAGGAUCAUAAAAGACAAUGGGCCCAAGAAAAUCGAAAUAGAAUUCGAAAUAUCCUUUCUUGCUGCUGAUGGUUCUUCUUUAAUUAAAGGUAAGAGACGGAACCUUUUCUCUAACAAUGAAGUCUGUGUGUUCGAGUCAUUCGCGAAGAAGAAUGAUGUUCUAAUUAGGAAAAAAGGAGAAAUACUUCAAAGAGAAUCAUUGAUGGUUCGUUGCAGGAUGUGGAAAGUGUGUGAUACCCUUCCGAUGCCAGUUCUCUGCUUCGCUCGCACCGAGCUCAGAGUUGAAACCGAAUCUUUCUUUUGUGCCAUCGAACGAUUCAGCAAUUUCAAACCUGGUGAGAAAAAAAGUUUUCUCGUGAAACCCAAAUUUAAAGAAAUUCGACCUCUUACAAUAAGUUUUGGUUUGAGCGAUGAAGGAGAUGAUGUUCAAGUCCAAAUGACCGGCGAAGACGCGAAGCUGAUGGUCUCCAUGUCUUGGGAAAUUUCUGUCAUAGACAGCAUUGGGAGAGUGAUUGAUUGUGCCAAUUUCAAUUUCCUGAUUCAUCAAAAGCGUGUGUCACAGAUUCCUCGAUUGACAUCGAAAAACAAACUCAUGUCUAAGAGAAAUUUGUAUUUGCCAAGUGAUGUUCUGCUCUUGCGUUGUUCUUAUACCACUCGCUAUAUUGGUGAAAUCACAUACGACAGUCAAACUCUGGCAGAUACUGAAGACAGCUUCAAUGCGUUGAGUCUUCAGAAGCGUGAAGCAGAAGAAUCUUGUGCCGUUCCUUUGACUUUGGUAAAAGAUUUGAAAAGUUUGUAUGAGGAAGGAGUUCUAUGUGAUGUUCACCUUCUGGCUGAAGGAAUGACCUUUCCUGCUCAUAAAAAUGUUCUUUGUGCCAGGUCUCCAAUAUUCAGAAGGAUGUUCACUCAAGACGAAGCGGCAAUGAACAAUAAGGAAGUCAAACUCCCGGAUAUGGACGCAGAUAGCGUUAGAAAAAUGCUGGAGUUUAUUUACACUGAUGAAGUGAAAGAUUUAGAUUCAAAGAGUGCCCUUAAUCUCUACUCGGCUGCUGCCUGUUAUGAGUUAGUUCAUCUUAAAUAUCAAUGCUCGAAGAUUUUAAAAGCCAAUUUAAAUUUAACGAAUGUUUUGGAUGUGCUUAUUUUGGCUGAGAAACAUGGCGACGACGAAUUGGAAAAGGUGGCGAAAGAUUUCAUUUUGAAUCAUGAUGAAGAUGUUCUCCUCUCUGAUAAAUGGGAAACUUUUAAGAAAAAUUACAAACAGAUCGCUUUUGAUGUAAUGGAAAACAUUUGCUUGAAAAAGUCUGGAAAAAAGUGAUUAUAUAAUGAAUGAAUUUUUGGAUUGAGUAAGUGUGUAAAUACGAAAUGUGAAAAUUUAAAAGAAAAAUGAAAGUUAUUAAAUAAAAACUCAAAGAAUACGAUUUAUCAGAAUGGCGGUUAUUUUUUACCAUUUUUAUCUUACGUGUGAUAAAAUUAAAAACAGAGCUGUCUUAUUGAAUUUGUGUUUUGUUAUGUUUAUUGAUUAAUUUAUAAAUCGAUUUAAUUUUCAAAAAAAUUGAAAAUAUUUCAUAAAUAAGUAUUUAAUCAUUACUUACUUCUAUCAAUAAGUAUGCUAUUAAUCAAUAAGAAUUGCAUGCAUGUCGUUGUAUGUAAAGCACAAAAAGGAAGUUUUGUAAUUCUUAGAUAAAGUUCAGAUAUAUAACUCUCAAAAAGAAAAAAGUGUUGCUUAAAUUUCUGUGAAUUUUAUAAUUUGAAUGUUUCUAAAAGAUUUUAAAAAAUUUAAUUACUAGUCCAAAAACUUUUUUUUUUUCUUUUUGUGUCGUUAAUUUAGUUGCGUUUUGUCUUUAAUUUUAGUUGGAAAUAUUUGAAAGCGUAAGAAAUGAUUUUGUCGCCGAAUUUAAUAGUACAGACUUUAUAUUUUAAUGAAUAUUUUAAGAAUUUUUGUUAUAUUUUUAAACAUCUUUAAUAUGUUUUUUCAAUCAUUCAUCUGUAUUUUAUCCCUUUGUGUAUCUCAUGAAGCGUUUUCUUUAAUAAUGAAAUAAAAAUUAUUAC